UGUGUCUGAUGCUAGUCUUGGGUGGAGCAGACAUUGCUCGAUGGCGUUGAGUGGGGCGGAAUCCUUGGUGCUGCUCGCGUCUCCAGACUCAUUUCUCCCGGAAGUGGGUGGUUAAGUCGCCACUCGGUCACUGCUGGCUAACGAGCGAUCGCUGGGAUGAAGGAGAGUCGGGGACAUUCUUGGGGCUGACAAAUAUCCGACGACACAGUUGUGAAAUUUCAUUUUUAACCAUUUAGUUGCGGUAUAUCCGCAGAAAUCCACCACAAACGCUCACAAAAAGGCUCAGACACCCCGCCGCCAAGAUGAUGGAAGAAAUUGACAGAUUUCAAGUGCCGACUGAGGCAGAGAUGCAGCCUUUUGAUCCAGCAUCAUCGACCACAUCAGAGGCAGACUCAGACACCAGGGAGAGUGAACCUGCCACUCUCAACUACAAACCUUCUCCUCUCCAUAUGAAGAUAGACAAACAGAGAGAGUUGGUUAGGAAAGGAUCACUGAAAAAUGGCAAUGCUGGAAGCCCUGUCAAUCAACAACCCAAGAAAAAUAAUGUGAUGGCCAGAACAAGGCUAGUGGUUCCCAAUAAAGGCUACUCUUCUUUAGACCAGAGUCCAGAUGAGAAACCUUUAGUUGCUCUAGACACAGACAGCGAUGACGACUUUGACAUGUCUAGAUAUUCCUCGUCAGGAUACUCGUCAGCCGAGGUGAGGUCUCUAAGGGAACAGCAGAUAAACCAAGAUCUGAACAUCCAGCUACUGAAAGAUGGAUACAGGCUGGAUGAGAUCCCUGAUGAUGAAGACCUGGACCUCAUACCACCCAAAUCCGUUAACUCCACCUGCAUGUGCUGCCAAGCCACCUCCUCCACUGCUUGUCAAAUCCAGUAAAUCUGUCACCUUUUCCCCUCCCCGUGCUCCCUCUCUCUCUUCCCCUCCCUUGUUCCCUUUCAUAACCUCAGAUAAGACAUCUAAUGAAUAUUACAGAGGGAAAUGUACAGUAAACGUUAUGAUGAACAUGGUGUACAGGAACUAGUGAACACACACACACAUAUACACAAAACAUAUGACGUGCUACACACAUACACACAUUUACUCUAACAUAUGAUUAUUAACAUGACUAUUAUUGGUUGCUUCCUCCUAUGGCAGGAUAUGCACUGUUUGCUAAUACGCUAGGAGAGUCUGCUCACUUUCACCUCCUAGCUGGCAUUGUGUUAUACUGUACAAGUGAACGUAGAACAAAUAAAGCAUUCAAAUGGCUUUAAUUGUGAAUUUAAAAAAACAACUUGAUGUUACAGAGAGUUUGAAAUAGCUUAUCCACUGAAUUCUCUGCUUUCAUGUUGCACUCAUUGCAUUAACGUCGUCGUUAUGGUAAGAUUUGAUUUCCGUACGGAUCUGGUUGGAUGUUUGUCGUUCGUGGCUGCUAUUGAGGCUAUACUUGGUUUCGUUUCUGUUGAACAUUUUGCAUGUUGGUGCAUUCGUACUGCAGCGCUAUGAUAAGAUGAUAAAAUGAUCACUUGAAGACCUUUCUGUCUAUCAAAGGUCAGAAGUCACUGGGUAUGAUUUAAUAACUGUUAUGACAUUUGGAAAAUACUGUUUCGUUUCUUAGACAGAAUGUCCAAACAUGUUUAAAGCACCUGUAAUCAGGUAUUGUUUUGUUCAGGAAGAUGUUCAGAUAUCACAGACUUGAAGGCACCAAAGAAUGUUUAUGCUCCUUGUUGGAAUCAUUUUACCCUGUGCUAUUUUAUUUUAAUUUAGCAUUUUGUAUGCAUACCACCGAUUUAAAUAUAUCACUGAAUUUCAUGGAAAUCAGUUGUUGGCUAUUUGAAAACACCAUUUGGUCUUUGGAAUUAAAGUUAGAAUGUUAAUGUUGCUAAAAUGAUCAAAUCCCUGGCCUAUCUUGACAUUAAUUAUUGUUAUUAUUAAAAAAUGAUGAAAUGGCACUGUUUAUCUACACAUGAGAUUUUACCCUUCCAUUCAGCUUUGAAAGCCAAACACAUUUUAUGUCUUAUCUUUACACUCUACAUAUUGUCUUGAUCAAAAUGCGAACUGUUUUCAUUCAAACUGCUCAUGUUCACUUUUUAGUCUGUUUUAACUUUGACUAAAAUAGUGUAAUGACCUAAUGUAUUCAAAUCAAAGCGUAAUCAAAGGUGAGCAUUUGUUGGACAAAAGCUGUGUUUUUAUGUUAUAAAUAUGUUACUUAUGUGAGAAAGUCCAUUUAUGUAUUAACAAUGUUGUUCUUGGUUUCAGUGAUAUCAAUAAAAGCAGACCUGAAUUACA